UGCGAAAGAUAGGAAUUAGUUAACUUCUCACCGCCAAUAGAAACAAAAAGAGCAGUUAAAGAUUUAGGGAAAGCAUGCAUUUAAUAAGCGCAGUUACAAUUAAAUUGGCAUAUUUUGGUUAUACUUUCUCUUUUGGUAUAAACUUUGAUGAAAUGUUGAAAUGAUCAGUUUUAAGAUCUAUUUGAUGGAUACUGUUUCUCUACCCUUAAAUUAUCAGUGAUGUUUACUUCCUAAACUUACUAAAAGACUGAAUUCCAUUGACGAACACAUACCACUCAUGAUUGGCUCACUCUCAGAACUUUAUAGCAUUUCAUCACAGUCUAUUAAUAUUAGGAAUUUUGAACAUGUUUUAUCAACUCAUAUGCUGUUACUUUAGAAAUGAAUUUCUCUUUCUCCUCUUUACCAAUUUACCUGGCCUAGCCCUUUUCUAUGUGAACUGUUUUCUCUCUUACCAUUUUCCUUCUAUUGUAUUGGUCCCAUAAUAUGACAUGAUCCAGUAUUUUCCUGAUAAAGUUGCUGUAUAUUUUAGUUAAACCUUUGAUAAUUUGUAGAGUUUAUUAUGACCAAAUAGAAGAGGUCAGUAGAUAAAGUAGAUAAACGUGAAUUCAUGUGUUUAAAGGGAGGAAAGACACUAAUAAAAUCUUGGCUAAAUGUCAUAAUGAAAUGCAGACUAUUCUCAGCAACAUGAUGAGGGACCCGCAGUGAGGCAUACCAAAGUCAGGCUCAUUGAAAUUGAAAAGCUAAAGUCUAGUAUUCUCUAAAAGUCAGGUGCUAACAAUAACACUGUUGUUAGAAUUUAUUUAUUUAAUAUACAGUACUUACUAUAUUUUGAGUAUUCUAAGUGCUUAAGUUCCUUUAAGAUGUAUUAAUCAUGUCAAAAUGUUUUAUACACUUUAUGUAUUUCAUUCUCAAUAAUAAGCAUAUCAGUGGUGUGAUUUACUAUGCAGUUUUGAUUUUGUUUAUUUGUCUAAUGUACUUUACCUUUUUCUAUUUCAAAAACUAGAGUUGGACUGGCCAUUAUGGAGGAAGAGGUACAGCAGCACUCACACUGUGUGAACUGUGUCAGUAGAAGGUGUAUGACCAGACCAGAGCCUGGCGUUUCCUGUGACUUGAUUGGUUGUCCAUUGGUUUGUGGAGCAGUCUUCCAUUCUUGUAAAGCUGAUGAGCAUCGACUCUUGUGUCCUUUUGAACGAGUACCCUGCUUAAAUAGUAACUUUGGAUGUCCAUUUACCCUGGCACGAAAUAAAGUUGCUGAACAUCUCGAAAUGUGUCCUGCAAGUGUGGUUUGCUGUACUAUGGAAUGGAACCGAUGGCCCGUUAGUUAUUCAGACCGCAAGUCAUAUGAAAGUCUAAGCAGAGAUGCUGAUGAAGUGUCACAGUUAGACAUGGCUUUGGCCCUUCAAGAUCAAAGAAUGCUUUUGGAAUCUCUCAAAGUAGCCACCAUGAUGUCAAAAGCAACUGGUAAAAUAUCUGAACCUAGAGAACAGAUCUCAGUGAACUCAAGUGUUCAGGAAGUACCACGUGCUAAUGGAUUGGUGUCCGCUGACGAAGAGUCAUAUGGUGCACUUUAUCAAGCGACUGUAGAAACAACCAGAAGCUUGGCUGCUGCUUUAGAUAUCCUAAACUCUGCCACAAGAGAUAUUGGCAUGUUAAAUACAAGUCUCCAUGGUACCACAAAUGAAAUGGAUGAGGAGAGUAACAGAGAAAGCUCCCAGGACAGAAACGUGAAAGACCAGGAUCACCUUGAUGAGGGUGAGAUAGGGGCAGUAGGUGGAAUUGAUUAUACUGGUACAAGUCAGAAUGCUCAGGCUGAACAAAAUGGCUCAAGUGAUUUAUUAUGCAACUUAAAUACAAGUUCUUACGAUACUUCUGCUCUUUGUAAUGGCUUUCCUUUGGAAAAGAUGUGUACACAGGUCAAAGACCAGGAUCAAAAUUUUCAUGGUGAUUCCACAGAAAGUAACAUAACAAAUGGAGACUGUGUGGAAGCUGAUGGUACUUCAGAACCUCCCAGUUCACUUUUAGUAGCAGAACAACUUAGGGAAGUAAGUGCUUUGCCAGAUAGUACCUAUCAACAUAUCCUCAUGCCGGACGAAGAUGAGGAGGAGGACUUGUGCUGGAAAAAAGACUUAGGGGACUCGAAAGAUGUUAAUGGUUCACCUUUGAGUAGCGCGACUUCAUUCAAGUUUCUUUCUAAUUCAUGGUAUAUACCAAAGGAAGACAAAGCAGUCGAUACUUCAGAUUUAGAGGUUGCAGAAGAUCCCAUGGGCCUCCAAGGAAUAGAUCUGAUUACAGCAGCAUUACUGUUUUGUCUGGGAGAUUCUCCAGGUGGGAGGGGCAUAUCUGAUAGCCGCAUGGUUGAUGUUUAUCACGUUGACUUUGGGACACAGACUUUUUCACUUCCAUCUGCAAUAUUAGCUACAAAUACAAUGGUUGGAGAAAUAGCUUCAGCUUCAGCUUGUGAUCAUGCCAAUCCACAGCUUUCAAAUCCAAGCCCUUUUCAGACACUUGGGCUGGACUUAGUUUUGGAAUGUGUUGCUAGGUACCAGCCUAAGCAGCGUUCAAUGUUUACCUUUGUAUGCGGACAGUUAUUUAGAAGAAAAGAAUUUUCUUCCCAUUUUAAGAACGUGCAUGGUGACAUUCACGCUGGACUCAAUGGAUGGAUGGAGCAGAGGUGUCCUUUAGCUUAUUAUGGUUGUACGUAUUCUCAGCGUAGAUUUUGCCCUUCAACACAAGGAGCAAAGAUCAUACAUGACCGCCAUUUAAGGUCAUUUGGAGUUCAGCCAUGUAUAUCUACAGCAUUAGAAGAGCCUUCUAGAAACUGUGUGUUGGGAUUACGUAGUGACCAUCUAAGUAGUCUCCCUUUUGAGGUACUCCAACAUAUUGCAGGCUUCCUUGAUGGCUUCAGUUUAUGCCAGCUUGCAUGUGUAUCCAGGCUAAUGAGGGACAUUUGUGGCAGUUUACUUCAGUCUCGUGGAAUGGUAAUAUUGCAGUGGGGGAAAAAGAAGUAUCCAGAAGGAAAUUCAUCCUGGCAGAUAAAAGAAAAGGUGUGGCGAUUCAGUACUGCAUUUUGUUCUGUUAAUGACUGGAAGUUUGCAGACAUCCUGAGCAUGGCUGACCACUUGAAGAAAUGCAGUUACAAUGUUAUAGAGAAGCGGGAGGAAGCAAUCCCAUUGCCAUGUAUGUGCGUGACUCGAGAACUCACAAAAGAAGGACGUUCCCUGCGCUCAGUUUUAAAGCCCGUACUGUAAAACUGUGACUUCAUUUGCACAGCAUGCAAGCAGCUGGCAUCAGUUCUUUGUAAUAUGUGACACUUUAUUAGUGCAUUAAAGACUACAACUAGCCAAACUUAUUGUCACUAUGUAUGUACUGUUUUGCAGUGACAUAUAUUUUUAUAAUGUACUGUUAGGUGGAAAAAUGUUGCCUUAAUAUUUGAAAUGUGUGAAAUUGUUGGAACGUGAUAGGCAGGAUGAAUAGUCUAAUCUUUUUUGCAUAAUGUUAGUAUUAAUGGUGUGCACGUUUAAAUUCUAAAAUUUUUGCUUCUCAAACACAAAAAGAUCUUGACCAAAAAAUUAAUUCUUUGUUUUCUGUGGAUUGAAGCCCAUGCUAUCCAAAAGCAAAACUUUGAUUCAAAUUUUUUGUUGCAUAGAUUUUUCACACAGUACAUUCAGUUGUUGAAACACUGCCAUAAGAUUAUUAUGAGGUUUUCCUGGCACUUUUAUAAUUAUUGAUCACAAGUGAAAUACAGUACUCACAUAAAGGCACAAUAAUGACUUCAUGUUUUAAAACAACUCACAAAGAUACUUUAUUUUCUGUUCUUACAACUCGUCUGCAAAAAAAUGGUCACACAGUUCUUUUUUUCAUUAAAUACCAUAUCUGAAGAGUCAUGGCACAGUGUAUUAUAUGACAGAUUAAAGUUAAAAGAAAGCAAGUCUGUGAAUUUAACUUGACAUUUUUCAUGGUAUUUCAUAUUUUCUAGGUAUCUAAUGUUUGAAAAGAAAAUAUACCUCACUUAUAAGUUUGAAUUUGGAAUAUUGUUUGAAUAAACUUCAAAUAUUCAGAAUACAAAGGGUUUGACUUUUUGAGGGGCCUUAAAAAUGUUAUACUUUUGAUGUUUAUAAAACACUUCAAGACAUUUAAGACAUUUAAAAAUGUGAAACUUCAAAGUCUUUGUAAAAUGAUGUCAAGAAGAACUCUGUCUUGGUUGAUAAUCUUUAUGAAACAUUUCCACAGUUUUGCUUCACAUAUUUCUCAGAAAAUAAGAGUUGUGUCUUUCUGUAAACAUCAAGUGUGAUAAUGAAAUAUUCAAAACUAUAGGUUUCCAGUUGAUUCAUGCCAUGUUUGUGUAAUGUACGUAUUUUUAAAAAACAAACAUACUUUGUCAGUAUUUAAAAGUAAGUUCUGAAGACAGAGACAUUAAGUGAUUUGUUUAGAUAAAUUCUGGCUUUGGCAAGCUGAAAUGGCUAUUAAUGUGAAAACUCAAGUGUAUCUUUUCUUUCUACAUUGUUUUGAGAGUACUUUGCAGGUACUGUUUCAUAUGUCCCGUAUAUGGUACUCAGUGUGGGAAGAGGUCUUCCUUGGGCAUUAUUGAUGAAUUACCAAUUGCUUGCAAUUUGUCUUGGCCAAAUGUAGCAGUAAAGAUUAAUCCCUUGUUUUGCCUCACCUGUCAGUUAACAGAAUUGAUAAUUUCAGUGCUUAGAUUCCUUUUCAACUGUGAGGCUGAAUUGCAUUUAAACACCACCACCACCUCCAUUUUGUUUCUGCCGAAAGGUAGAAAUAAGAGUCAAAUAUGACAGGAUAUCACUUAGCUUUUUAAAACUUUUCUGAAGAAUGUUUCUAUAGUUGGACAGCAUAAGCAAUUUUUUGUUCUAUGUUUGAACUUUUAAAAAUUCCUGAUUUGUAAGUUUAAAUCUAUUUCCACAUUGAGACAUUUAACUUUUUAUUUUGACCUUUUCUUUUUGACUGAAUGAAAUGGAUAUUUUAAUAAUAGCAUACGUACAAUGAAAACUUUCUACUUUUUUAUUUUGUUCAAAUAAAUGUUUUUUUAAUGUAUUCUGGGGCAAAAGACAAUAGUCAAGCAUUCUAGACAUGACCAAAUGAGUCAAGCAGAAUUGAGCUGUUUUUCUUAGCCUAUUAUUCAUGCAGUCAGUUUUAGAUGCCCAGUUUUAGAUGCUUACUAAAACUUUAAAUUUACAAUUAUAGACAUAGGAACAAAAUGGAAUUUUACAUGAAUUUCUGGAUAGGAAAACAUAAUUCAUUCUUGGUAGUUAGUAUUUAAAUGCUGUGGAUAUCACUGCCAUUUUAGCCCUCAUUCCUUCAUGUGAAAGCAACUUGGGAAGACAGGGGAAUUGAAACUUUGAAUGUGUUUGCUUAGUGAAACAGUUUUAGUCCUAAUACAUAAAAUCUUAAAUAUGAUGGCUAUAUUUUACAAAAAUUGAGUUGAGAUCAAUAAUGUGGUAAGUAAUGUUAAAAGAAAAUGUCAAAUUUGAAGUUAAAAUAAAAGUUGAACCUGAUAGGGGUUUACAGGCUUAUUAGCAUCAUAAAAA